AAGAAGCAUAGAGGUUGGCUAUGGGAUUUUAUCCAAAUGGGUGAAACGGUCAGACAAAAAUAGCGGUGCUCGACGGAGUGGAAAUCUGCGGAAGCGGAAAAAGCAAGCUGUUGUAUGAGGAUGGAUAGGCUAGCUAUUCACACUGUGAUUUAUGCCUUAUGCUGGGGUAAAAUGGGUGGCAAUUUGCUAAUUGCGAAUCUCCUUGUAAUUGUGACCAUGUUAUGUAGUGCGCUAAUGCAAAGAACUGGCCUUUCACGAUUGACAACUUCAAAAUGCCAAGGCUUGUAUGACAAAGAGAUUCUGCAAAUGUCAUGUCCUAAUCGACGAUGUGCGCCAAGUACGACUCCGCUUCUCACCUGAAUUUCUGUGUAUUGCAGGUAUGUUUUUCUGUGUUCUACCCAUCGAUUACAGUAUUGGAAUAUUGAGAAGAGUAAAUAACCUCUGUUCUAAGUGGUGACAAUCGUUUGAUUACCUAAAAGAUUAAUGCAUGGGUCAUUUGCUAAAUAACAAAGCGCACUCCAUAAUAAUAAAAAGUAGCCUCACAGCUGACCGAAUCUCUCCUCUCUAUUUUCCCCCUUGCACUCUGUUUAUUUUACUUAAACUUUUUUUUUCUUGUGUAUCCCAAAAGCUUCUGAGCCUGUCUUCUGAUUUUCCUCGUUCUUGUUAUUUUUGCCUCUUCGUAAUUUGUCCAAGGAAAAGGACACUUCUGAUGAAGGUAUAAUUACGGUAAAGAGAAUGUAGUGUGGCGGUUAGUUCAAAUGCACCCGCUUGGUUAGAUCUUGGCCUUCGUUACUCAUUGGUGGGGAUCAUGGGAUCGUUUGUGACUCAAUUUCGUCAUUGAACACCGACGAGAAAACGAAGGCUGAAUCACAUCCAUUUUUGGGACUUGGCACCCAAGCCGAUUUCCAAGGUCACUGGAUCCGUCCCCGCGGCCCCCAAUCUCUCAAUCAUAUAUAAGGAGCAUCGCAGGCCACUUUGAUUUUUGCUUAUACCCAAUUUA